UCUCUCUCCUCUUUCUUUCUCUCUCUACUCUCUUCUCUCUAUCUCUCUAGGAGACCCCCGGGGCCUGGUUUUUCCAACGAUUCAAAACCAGGUCCAGACCUAGAGGAGGUUCUCUCCAAUCUAGAUCUCGACCUUUCUCUGCAUUUUCUUUCAUUUUCUCGCACUUUCUCGCCGUUUCGUUCGUUUUCUCUCGGCUCCUGUGACCAUGAAUGACCUUUUAUCGGAAUCUUUUGAGAUCCCUCGGGGUCAAGCUUCUAGAGAGGGAGAUAUUGAAUUAGGAGAACGUGCUCUACAAAAUUCAGGGGAACUGGGAUUGGAAAAUUUCUUCAAGAAGGUUCAGGAGAUUGAUAAACAAAAUGACAAGCUGAACGUGCAACUCAAAAAACUCCAGGAUGCACAUGAGGAGUCAAAGGCUGUAACCAAGGCUGCUGCCAUGAAAGCAAUUAAAAAGCGAAUGGAGAAAGAUGUUGAUGAAGUUGGAAAAAUUGCCCGUUCUAUAAAAGCCAAAGUUGAAGAACUUGACAAAGAGAAUUUAGCCAAUAGGCAGAAGCCUGGAUGUGGAAAAGGAACAGGUGUAGAUCGAUCAAGAACUGCAACGACUGUUGCCUUGAAAAAGAAGUUCAAAGACAAGAUGGCUGAAUUUCAGGUCCUAAGAGAAUCCAUCCAUCAAGAAUAUCGGGAGGUGGUGGAAAGGCGUGUUUUUACAGUGACUGGCACAAGAGCUGAUGAGGAGACAAUUGACAGAUUAAUUGAGACUGGAGACAGUGAACAAAUUUUCCAGAAAGCAAUUCAGGAACAAGGACGAGGCCAGAUAAUGGACACAUUGGCUGAAAUUCAAGAGCGACAUGAUGCAGUUAGAGAAGUAGAGAGGAAGCUUCUUGAUCUACAGCAGAUAUUCUUAGAUAUGGCGGUGUUGGUAGACGCACAGGGGGACAUGCUUGACAAUAUAGAAUCACAGGUGUCUAGUGCGGUAGACCAUGUGCAGUCGGGUAACACUGCCCUCCAAAGGGCCAAGAAGCUACAAAGGAGCUCGAGAAAAUGGACGUGCAUUGCCAUCAUCAUCCUUCUUAUCAUUGUGGUGAUCAUAGUGGUGGCGGUGCUGAAGCCUUGGAGCAAGAAUGGUUCUUAGCUGCAUAGCUGCUGUUCUCACCAUAUGGGAUGUAUAAAAAUGUAAGAGUUAUGGCAUAUUGAAAAAACCUUUUGAACCCAGAUUGUUUCCAUAUAUCCUUAUUUCCUGGUCCAUGCUUUCUGAACCCGGCUCAUCUGUACUAUUUUUCAAUACUAAUGGUUGAGUGUGUGUUACAUACUUUGGAACGUUACCAUUAUUCUUUUAUUUGUAAAAAGGGUCUAUUCUAUUUCAUUUCAUAGGUUGUUUGCACACAA